CACAAAAAUACAGGGGCUGGGUUGCCACCGAAACAUCAGCAAGGACUCUCCUCCGCCUCCGCUGCUCCGACCAAAUUGUCGCCACCCUUCUCCGCCAACAACUGCUUAAAGAGCAAUGAGCACCUGAGCGUGGGUUUUCAAGAUGUUUGUGAAGGGAUUCAGGGCGAGCCAGACACCAAGCCUUCCUAUUCCAAAAAUUUCAGUUCAAUCUUCAUGGGGCGGAAAUGUUUUGCAUUUUGACAUGAAUAGAACAGUUGACUGGAGGAAUGAUGGCAGCAUUUCUUUCUUCCGUGACUUCGUCAAAUCGGAAAUCACGAAAAUUUUGGUGGCCCAUUAUUACUGGCAACCAGAUGGCUCUGACUUCGUUAGUCUUCUAGAAAACAUCAUUUUUUUGGAAUCUCAGUCAAAGGAGGACUACAUGAAUUUAGAUACGCUAGCAAAGCGGCUGCAAAUAGUAAUCCAUGAUGCAGCAAAAUCUCCUGAGAAUAACUUGAACAAUGUUAGCAAGACAUAUGACACAACUAUCAUGGACUUCCCUGGCGUAUUUGGUUUAGUAAGGGGAUUGAAUGAUAACAUAAGGCCAAUUACUGCUCAAGCAGGUGAGGUUGGACGAAUAGCUGGGGGGAUGGUACCCUCUCCUGAAAUGAACUCUACCAUCACUUCCUGUUCCAGUGCAAAUGGGUUUUCUGAAACUGGAGUCUUUGGAAGUGAAUCUGGGAUUUUUGAAGGAGAUAAUAUAUGCAAUUUUGAGCAUGGAACCAGCGAAGUCAACUCUCAAAUGCAACAUGUUGCUUCUGGUGAAAUGGACUUGGUAAAUUUUACUUGUGUGACAAGAAACCCAAUUGCUCCUGCCUUGCCAUCCGCUUUGGGAAAUGGCUCUCAAAUAUCUGUAGAAAAUCUCCCACUGUGGGGCUCCGAAGUCUCUGAUGGAUAUCCUGGCUUGAUCAGCUUGGAUCCAGCCCUUUUGAGGUCGCUGCAAACUGGAUCACCUAUGUUUCAGGAGUAUCAUAACCAGCCUCAUGAUUCAUCUGGGGAUUCUAGGAGGUCAACACUACGGGAAGAAUUCAACUCUUUUCCCGUACGACACGAAUUGUUUUCUUCAAUGUCUGGAUUAGUACUGGGUACAGAUUCCAAGCUCCCUUCAGAACAACCACAUUCGUCGGAUUUUAGUUCAAAUUGCUCCGAGGUUUCAGAUGAGGUAUUCAGACUGGCAGAUUCAAGUGCUACAUUUCAGAUGUCCAUGGAACGUAAAGUCCUGUUUGCUUAUGCCAACUAUAAGGAAUCGGCAUUUUUUAUGGGCGACUGCUUACCUUCUUUUCUUCAAUACCUGCAUGGUAUUCUGUGCAAGAAUUUUAGUUGCAUGUGUGCAAGUUUCAUCCAGAUUUUAUCUCAUUUUGAUUUCUGUGGCUCCUUGAAUUGCAAUAUUUGUGGUCCUGUUCGUGAUCAUUCUUAUUCUAAUAGAUAUCAACAAAACUAUGAAACUUCUGGUAGACCUGGCAGUCUCUUGUUAGAAAAUUCAUUGCAUCCUUUAAAGCGUCUGAAGAUGGAACAUGGGUCAGCUCGGGUGCCUUCUGGAGCCCGAAUUCCAUCUGCAGAGGCUCUUCCUGGUGAUCCUGAUGAAGUACCUCCUAUGCAAAAGUUCCCCAAUUCACUUCUAUGUACUGAUCCUGGAUUAAUGGAAGUGAACAUAGAACUGCCAGAAAAUGUUGUGGAUGUCACUCAAGGUAGUAGAAAAAACGCUGAUGUUUCUCUGGGUAGAAAUUGUCACAUCAAUCAAAUGGAUUCUGGAUAUCUUACUGCUGGCGAUAAGUCAGUGAGGGUUGCUUCUGGAAAUGUCAGUGAUGUUACACAAUUUAUGAAAAAUGAUUUAGAUAUCUCAAAGCUUGAUUCUUCUCUUGCUAAGGGUUGUGACAUUGAAGAGCCAACAGCACAAAUUAUGUCGGUGGAUGGCCCAGAUCAAUCAAAUUUUGAAAAUAGGUCAGAUGCAGCAGAUAUUCAGGAAGUAGUCAAGGGACAGAGCCUGAAGAUUAGAGGUGUGUCCUUGGUAGAUUUUUUCACUGCACAAGAAAUAAAGAAACACAUAUCCAGCCUUCAGCAGCGUGUCAGUAAGAAAACAUCAAAUGAAGAGCAGCAGAACAGUAUAGCACACAUCAUCCAAAGCAGUUCAGACCGAGCAACAUGUACUACCAAUGACAAUACUUGCCAGCUAUGUCUAUUAGAUAAGCUAUUACUCGCCCCGGUUACAAUAUAUUGUUCAUGUUGUGCUGGUCGUAUCAAGCAUGGCAUCACAUAUUACACAUUGGAGGAAGAAACUAUAAGACACUGUUUUUGUAAUGCAUGCCACAAGUCACGAGGAAACACUAUCAGAUUCUAUGGGCGAUCUGUUCUCAAGAUGAAAUUGGUGAAAAGAAAGAAUGACGAGGAAAAUGAAGAAUCAUGGGUUCAAUGUGACAAAUGUAAAAAAUGGCAACAUCAAAUAUGUGCUCUGUUUAACGAUAAAAAGGAUGUUGAAGGAAAUGCAGAGUAUGUUUGUCCAAGAUGCUGCCUGGAAGACUUGGCCUGUUUCGGGCUUUUUCCAUUGCCAAAGGAUAAUCUCUAUGAUGCAAAUGCUCUGCCAAGGACUAGGCUUAGCGACUACUUGGAGAAGAGGCUUUGUCAACGACUUCAACAGGAGAGGACAGAGAGAGCAAAUGCUUUGGGAAAGAACUUUGAAGAGGUUCCAGGGGCAGAAGAUCUUACUGUUAGAGUUGUCUUAUCUGUGAAAAAACUGUUGAAAGUGAAGAAGCAGUUUCUGGAAAUUCUUGGCAGCAAUUACCCUGUUGAAUUCCCAUAUGUAUCUAAGGUCAUUCUAUUGUUCCAGAAGAUUGAAGGCGUAGAUGUAUGUCUCUUUGCAUUGUAUGUCCAAGAGUUUGGCUCGAGAUGUAGUUAUCCUAAUCAGCGAUCAAUCUACAUUUCGUAUCUUGAUUCUGUUAAGUACUUUAGACCUGAGACUGAGACUGCAUCUAAAGAAGCUCUGCGUACAUUUGUUUACCAUGAGAUACUGGUAGGCUACCUUGAGUACUGUAAAAAACGAGGUUUUGCAACCUGCUACCUGUGGGCCUGCCCACCCCAGAGAGGAGAAGAUUAUAUCUUGUAUUGUCAUCCCGAGAAUCAGAAGACACCAAAGCCUGAUAAGCUCCGACGAUGGUAUAAUUCAAUGAUAAGGAAAGCAGAGAAGGAGAACAUCGUGGUCAGUUCUACAAACUUGUACGAGCACUUCUUCAUCCCUAGUGCACAAUCAGACUCCAAGAUAACAGCUGCCCGUUUGCCUUAUUUUGAUGGUGAUUACUGGUCUACUGUUGCCGAGAAUAUCUUCAAGAAGAUUGAAGAGCAAGGUGGAGAUUAUUCAGCUAAGGCGGCAAAAAAAGUAAUGAAGAAUCGAACUAUGAAGGCCAUGGGACAUACUAAUCCUUCUGGAACUGCUAUUAAAGAUAUGCUGUUGAUGCAAAAGCUAGGGCAAGCCAUAUUUCCAGCUAAGGAUGAUUUCAUCAUUGUGCACUUGCAAUUUGUUUGCACGUACUGUAAUAGAGAAAUCGUGUCAGGAUGCCGAUGGUUUUGUGCAGAAUGUAAAAACUUUCAUUUGUGUGGAAGGUGCCGCGACACCAAGCUAAGCCAUCUGGAAGAUGCACACAUCUUAAAUAACAAGGAAAAGCAUCUUUUAUCCAAGGUUAUGGUAAAUGAUGUACCAAGCGAUACCGAGGAUGAAGAUGUGGAUAUAGACAGCUGGUUAUUUGAGGAUAGGCACACUUUCUUGAGUUUCUGUCAGAAGAAUCACUACCAGUUUGACACACUCCGCCGUGCCAAGCAUUCUUCAAUGAUGAUUCUCCACCAUGCACGUAGCCCAGAGUCACCAAUGUUUGGAGCCACAGCUUGCAAGUUUUGCCAUGUAGAGACCCGGGGUCAUGAUGUUUGUUCCACUUGUUGCCGCAAGAAAGCAGGGCCUAAGAAACUCAUUGAUAGCGCAAUGCCGGAAUCUCUGCCAGCUACUGAUCCUGGGAGUCACACAAGUCAUGAGCAGGCUGGCUACCUUCCCCUACAGCGCACAUCCCAUAAAAGAAAGUUGCAGUCUAAUGUGGUGAUGGGUAGUGUUCUGGAUGCUUUACCACAUGCUUCAGUCUGUCCAGUCACCCGUAGCAACAGCUGCCCAUACAAAAACUGCUCUGUACUGAAACGGUUGUUCAGCCACGCGACGAAAUGUAGCACUCGGUCCUCCGGUGGUUGUUUGCUUUGUCGUGCGGUGUGGAACAUCUUGAGGCUGCACUCCCUAGAAUGCAGCGAACCCAAUUGCCGUGUGCCUCGCUGCUCGGAUUUGAAGGAGUACGUGGCACUGAAGAAGAACCAGCAACAGCAACAGCAACAUCAAUAGCAACAUCAUUCGAGGCCAUGAGAAGUACUAGAGAAGUUGUACAUACUGCUUCAGCUAACAGCAAACUUCACUGGCCGAAGGUAAAAGUAGCUCAACAUAUAGUAAGAGAAAAUGAUAGGUUUACAGAAAGAAUGAAUAUAGCAAAAAAGCUUUAUAUGACCUGUAAGUGAAAUGUGGAAAGGUGACAACAUAGGUUGUAAAGGAAGAACAAAAUCUCAGCGUUGGUGCUAGUGCAGAACUUAGGACUUAGGAUCGUUAAAGAGGUUCAUUUUGUAUGUACGAAACUCUGUACACAUAGAAUCAAGCUCAGUGCCCCCUCCGUCGCGUCGUCUCACCGGCCAUCGUGGAGUAUGGAAUCCGUACUCGACAACGAGCCGACGGUGGUGUAGUCCUUACCGACAACGACGGAGGAAGGGAACGACGACAUGGCGAACUCCGUCGUCUCCCUCCCUGCCAUCGCAAACGCCCCGAUCCCCGAGCUCUCCAGCGGGACGUCGGGCAAGUUGCAGUCGCCAUCAAGGUACUGCAUUACCUGCCUCAUGCUGGGUCGAAACGCCGGCAUGUUGUGCGAGCAGUACAGCCCGAGCUUCAGCACCGCCGCCAUCUCCUCCCUCGCGUACUCCCCUGCCAGCUUCGGAUCCCCUGCCUCCCAAAUCGCGCCGCGCUUCCAGCAUUCGAUCACCCAGUCGACGAGGAUCACCUCGGCGGGAAGCGCCUGCGCGUCGAUCGGGCGCUUCCCGCACGCCACCUCGAGCAUGAACACACCGAAUGCGUACACGUCGGUCGCCGUGGUCGCCUUCCCGAGCCUCGACAUCUCGGGAGCGAGGUAACCCACGGUCCCGACGACGUGCGUGGUCUGCGGGUUGGUCCCGUGGUCGUAGAGCCUGGCGAGCCCGAAAUCGCCCAGCCGGCCGUUGAGAUCGGCGUCGAGGAGGACGUUGCUGGCCUUAAUGUCGCGGUGGAGAACCACCUGCUCCCAUUCCUCGUGGAGGUACAGAAGCCCCGACGCCACGCCUCUCAGGAUUUGGUACCGUGAACUCCAGUCAUUGUAGGUGAAGCUGGUGGUGGGUUCUGGGUUUUGGGAAUUGGCGGCGGGGAGGAGAGUGGAGAAGUGGAGAAGUAGUGGUGCUAGAAAUAGGAAUCCCAUGAUAGCUGCUGCAGCUGGAGAAGACGGAGCAGCAGCAGCCAUGGAUGGGAUGGGAGUUUUUUUUUCCUUAAUGGGGAUUAUCUAUAGCCUGCAGUUGUGGAAUUUGGGGCUAAUUUUCUUGAGAGAGAGGGAAGAAGAAGAAGGUGAAAGUCAACAAGUCACGGUCUGAUUGAUCGACAGUGAAGUGCCGAUGAUCGGAGUCGGAGGCAAUGUUGGUCGACGAUUGCGACAAGGGGGGAGAAAUUAAAAUUAAGUGCAAUGAGAGUUGAGAGAGUCAGGUUUCUCCUCCCUCCGGUUCCACGAAGCGUCUCACUAGCCGCCGGCCAUUAUUACUUACUCAAAGUUGUUGUAAAGCCAAUUACUCAAACAAAACAAAAAGGUCGUUGACAAAUCGGUUAUAUUAGGUGAUGUAUCAUGUAUGACCGAAAAUUGAAUGUGA